AAUUAGAUCUAGCUAGAUUUAAGUCUAUCUAGAUCUUUAUUAUAUAUACUAGAUUCCAGAAUAAUGUAAUCUGAUAAGGAAAUCUUUCAGAAACUUUGCAUUACAUUCUACUAAUUUAAAUCUAGACACAUUAUUUAGAUCUCAUUUAUUUAGAUCUAGAAUUUUAUAAUAAAAUAAAUUAUUAUAAAUGCCUCAAGAAAGAGGGCAACGUAGAAAACACAGCAGAUCUUUAUCUCCUGUACCGAACAAACGAAGUUGGCAAAAUGAUGGUGCCACUAAUUUGGGUGUUGAUGCUCGAAGAGCACAGCGACCCAGAUCUCCACAGAGAAGAGAUAGAAAGCAUUUUAAGUCACCUCCCAAAUUUCAUGAUCGCAAAGAUUAUCGCCCUUCCUCAUCUGGUGACUACAAGAGUAGAUUAUCGCCUCACAACCUGAAAAGGGCUAGGUCCCCAUUCACUGGUCAAGGUCAGGCACCCACAUAUUCAAGAAAUAAUUCAUUGCCCCAUGCUAGAGAUCAUUCCCACAAAGACCACAGGUCAAAUAAUCGUGAUGAAAGGUCACAUUCUCGACUACCUCCAAGGCCAUCUUCUCCUAGGCCAGUAUCUAAACCUUCCAACAACAGAGAUAAACACAAUGACCAGUUUCCUAAAAGUACACAGGGCAGUGAUAUAGGGGAUAAAAAGAAACACCGAACAUCAUCUAGCCCACCUCCCAAACGAAACAGGAGUGCAACUCCCAUCGGGGCUCAAGUGCUCAAAAAAGCUGAAACAAGCACACAGCAGAAAAUUUCAACCGAGAGGAAAGUGAGCUCUUCAGGGAAAAAGAAAACGUCGCGUAUCACUCUUCACAAGAGGUUCACAUUGGAAGAUCAAGAGCCAUUUGAGCUGGAGGAAAAUGUUACCAUUGCUAUUUUACGCAAUCCCAAUGCAGAACCUUCAGAAGAUGUAACUGUCAAGAAAGUUUUUGAUGCUUCGCUCUUCAAAAUGGUUCACAAGAAAAAUGAAGGUAAAAAACCAAUCUUUGAUCGAGAGGAAAUAAAAGUGUGGCGUCAUGAUGAGAACCUUACGGAUGAUCCAGAUUUUGAACGCCGUCUGGUGAGAGUUAAAUCUACUUCCUCUGGAGCUAAGGCUGCUUCUGACAGUCUUUCAAGGAUGUCACCAGAUGUGAUUAGGAAAGCUUUUGGACUUCAUAUUGGUGUUAGCUCUGGGAGUAAAUCUCCUCACAGAAAUAGGGAACCACAGAUAAGAUUGGAUCCAAAGCCUGAUCCCAGAUAUGAAUCAAAGUUCAAGGAACAGUUGGAGAGAGAGGAGAUGAGGAACAGAAAGAGGGGGGAUGAAAAGUUUGGUGCAUCUGAGAAGAGAGGAAAUAAGAUGGAGAUGUUUGAUAGGAGGAGUGAUAGAGGCAUAGAAGAGACAUAUGAUCUGCGCCAUGCUCUGGAGAGGAGGCGCAGUGAUAGGGGAGAGGGCAGUGGAUUUAGAAUAGAAGUACAGCAUGGCGACACAGAGCCUGGCACUGAGCUGUACUACAGGGAGGAUAAUUCUAGACAGUUUGCUCCCUCAUCAGGGUCCAGAAAUGUGGUGUUUGAUCAGGAGAAGGACACCCGGAGAUUUAGUAGUAUAGACAGGGAGUCAAGCUGGGAUAAUGACAGGCGCACCGUCAGACGAAGAGGGCGUGGUGGCAUGGGUAGAGGAAGGAGACGUGCUUGGAGUCCUGAGAGAGAUGUUCUUGAUGGAGACAUGAGACGGAAUGAAAUGAGGGAAAGGCGACCAAGAUACAGUGUUAGUCCAUCUAGAGCUUGGCGAGGAGGAUUUAGAGGCCGUGGUCGUGGACGAGGCAGAGAGUUUCUACCUGUUGAUCAAGACGUUAUAUCUCCUUCUAACAUAGAUGAUUCUUUCAAGUAUACACAGCAUGAUGACAGAGACUUGUCUCCCAAGCCAUUCAGAGGAAGAGGCCGGGGCAGAUUUCCAUCUAGGAAUUUUGGGAGUAGCAACUUCCGCAUGAUUAACCGUGGAGGGUUCCGUGGCAAUGGUGGCGGACGAGGUUUCAGGGGUGGAUACAAGGGAGGAUUUGGCCCAGACAGAAGGUCAGUGGAAAGGCGCCCCACAAGUCUUGACAGGGAGUGGAAACAUGACAUGUAUGAUAGCUUACAGACUGAAGAGGAACAACCCCACAGCACGACACUUGUUAACUAAGACACAGUUGGAUUAAGUUCGGCUCUAGUACCAAUCAUGUCUGCCUCUCACUCUAACACAUAAACAUGGUUUGCUUGUUAUUGAGUGCAGAUUUGUUUCAAUUCAGGAUGUUGCUUCCAUUUGGAAUAAAAUUUACAAUAAAUCCAUUUUUCUAUUAGAUGACAGGCAAUCUGUGUUUCUCAGGAAGUGGCAUAAACUGAAUGCUAAAAAUCUUGUAUGCUUUUUUUUCCUUCAAUCAAAAUCAAUGUCACAAUAAUUUCUCUUCCCAUGCAAAAAUAAAUUUUAAAAAAAUUUGAUUGAUUUUUAUUUACAAGUCAAGAGUGUUGGAAAUGUCCAGCUUUUUAAAACAAGUAUUUUUUUAAAUUAAAAAUAAAUUACAAUAAGUACUCUAGUGGUGAACUUUCCUUUAAGAUGUGCAUCUAAAAUGAGCACAUCAUUCUCUUGAAUCAUCAUCCUAAAAUCAUAAAAUGGUAACAUCCUACCCUCCUCUGGGAUUCUUACAUUUUGUACAUAAUCAUUUUAAAUUGAAAUGUUUUGAAUGUUCAAGUUUAGGAAUGGGAAAAACUCAAGUAAUUAUUUGUCUAAUAAAAAGUAUAAUGUGAAUAUAGCUUGCUAUUGUAUAAUAAACCAUUCGUUCUGUAGAUGAUUACCAAGAUAAAAUAAAACUUGUUAGUGAGCACAUAUUUUAAAUAACUUGUUGAAUGUAAUAUGAAUGGUGUUUAAAAAUUUUCAUUUGAUUUAUAGCUUUGGACUAAUAGGUUCUUUAAUCAUUACAGCUUUGUAUAAGAAGACAGUGAAUGAUGGGUGUAUACUUCUGUUACACAUUUCUUUGUAUUUUUGGUAGAAUGCUGCAUGUCUGUUGUGUGAAAAUGUUACACUUUGAGUAUGUGCAUGUGAGUGAUUGGAGAGGAUUUGUCUACAGUUAUGGCUAAGUUUUACUUUUAAAAAAAAAUAUGCUUCUAAUAUCAUGGGUCAAAGUUCAAGCAUUAAAUGUUAUAUCUUUCUUUUA